UACUCAGAUAGGCCUAGUGAUUUGUGCUCCAGUGAUUCCCAAUAGGGAUACUUGAAAAUAAACAGAUUUCACUUCCUUUUUAGAGAAGAAAUAAACACUAAAUAAAUAAACAAAAUAUUGCAUUUUUUUUUAUGAAUUUCCGAGGAUGGCACUCAUAGCUUAAUAUACGUGCUACUGUUUUCUAUUUGUGUAAUCUGUUUUCAAACCACAUAUCAACUGUGAUUUUAUUAAAUUCUAACUUUAAUUGUAUUAAUGAUAUUGCAAUGAUAAAUGAUAUCCGGUAUAAAAUGAGUCAACAAUAUAAACACAUUUCAGGUUUCAAUGAAGGGGUGCUUAAGACUUAUUGAUGGGGCUUUUGGGGGCACGUAAGUCAAAAAAAUGUUGGCAAACAAUGCUGUUCUAAAUUUAACUCAGCUGAUGAAUAACCACACAAAUCCAAUGAAAAAAAUGUGCUAAUGUAGCUGGUGACAUCAAGAAGGAUUUGCUUGAAGUGAAACAUCCAGUAAGGUCCCUUCUCCAUCAUCCGGUCCAGCGUCAUACAGAAAGAGAUGACGAAGUCCCUGCGGAGGUGAGGGUGGGGGGAAAAGAGGGGCGAGGGGAGAUAAAGAGAAAGAGAGAUGGAAAAAGAAAGAGAGAGACAGAGCCAGAUCUCAGACCUUAUUUCAGAAGUUACCAAAGACUCCACACUCUGAAACAGAAGGAGAAGAACAGCAGAGAAGUCAAAUCAUCUCCUCAGGGCCAUACAAAAUCCUCUGGGAGCUCCGCAGGACAGAAUAAAGAUCAAUAGGGAGAAUUAGAAAGACUCAAAAAAGAAAGGUCGCGCUCUUAGUGUUUUGUGGUGUGUGUUUGUCCCGCUGCUGCUGCUAUGAGCAGGGUGUUGAUUCUGUCCGUGCUCCUGCUGUCCCUGAGCUGGUGCAGAUGUGCCGUCAUCACAGGGGCGUGUGACAGGGAUGUGCAGUGUGGUGUGGGUCUGUGCUGUGCUGUGAGUCUGUGGCUCCGAGGCCUGCGUAUGUGCACACCGCAGGGGCUGGAAGGAGACGAAUGCCACCCAUACAGCCAUAAGGUUCCUUUCCCUGGAAAGAGACAACAUCACACUUGCCCCUGCCUGCCACAUCUGGUCUGCACCAGGUACAGCGACAAUAGAUAUCGCUGCACCAGCGACUUCAAAAACAUAGACUUUUAACACUGGAAAGAGUGUGAGGAAAUAGAGGAAUGGAGAAGGGGAAUACUUGAAAGCAGGAUAGCACAAGAAGAAGAAUAACAAGUGCCAUAGCACCUUUCUGCUCAUUUUUAUUUUUCCCUCUCAUGCACUUUGCACUACAAAAACAUAGUUAUCCAGCUUCCCCACAAAUGCAGACAUAUUCACAGUGGCACAAGGUCUAUGUCAGAAUCACUGGUUUACCUUGGCAUCCACCACACUUGAUAGUUUCAUCACCAGACCUUUAUGUUGAGUACAUGCAAACAUAGACUUUUUGUAAGGAAUGUGCAAAGAGGGAGUCAUAUUUCAGGAUGAAUUUAUCUUCAGUAUGCUGUAAAUUUGUUGAUGGCUUAGCUAUUGUAAAUAAAUUAUAAUCAGUCUGAAUUGUCUUUUUUCACUGUGUGAAUGUGGGUUUGAAUGUGUACC